CAAUUUGAUUGGCUGUCAGUGAAUGCCAGCUAUCCACGACUAGCCCCCGCGUGGGGUGCACGUUUAACGUGCCAAAGCGGUUGCUAGGGGCGACCGACAACAAGACGACGGUUAAACAGCAAACCGGAGAAAGACUUGAUUGCAGCAGCUGAUUUGUAACGCAGACGAAACACGGACCACUUGCACUGAACGUCGUUGUUGGGCAUGAGUGGAACAGAGCCAAGAGAAAUGUCCAGUAUUAUGGAUUCGGUUUUGAGUGAGGUGGGCUGGGAUCCGCGCUUCGCCAUCCCCGAACCCAACGCUAAGAACAAGGCCCUGAUGGAAGAGAUUUGCAAGAAAGAAAAAAAGUUGCUUCAACUGGAAAACAAAAUUCAGAAGAACAAAGAUAGUAAGCGGGUGAAGACUAGAAUCCUUAAAAGUGCUAAACAACAGCUGAAGGAUACAGAGCCCCUGUGCAAGGCAAAGGAAAGGGAAGAGAAGUUGAUAAAAGUCCUUACCAGCCUUGCAGAAAGAGAGACGGGUCGCCUAGCUCAGGAGACUGCGAAGAUGGAGAAUGAUCAUAGAUCUUUAGCAGAAAGGCAGAACAUGCUAGAGAACCAUAUCUUCAAGUCCAAACAGAAGCUUGAGGAGUUCAGGAACCAGAUGAACUGGGACCAGCAGACCAUGGAUGCUUUUUUAGAAGACUCAACACGCAAGGAUGAAGACACCAUGGCCAUCAUCAAGUACGCCCAGCAAGAUGAGCAGAGGAUCAAGUCGCUCAAUCUGGCAAUAGAAAAGAAGACACUGGAGGCCAAUGAAAAACACAAAGCACUCGAGAAAGAAUUGACUGAGACCUUAUUGGCACAGAUUGCUUUGGAUAAAACUACAGAGAAUUUGCAGCAGGCCCACCUGGAGACACAACAGCUCAUCCAUCAAUGGGAGAACACCAUCAAGCAGAUGAAGCAGCGAGACACUGAGAUGGAGCAGAGUGCUCUGCUACUUUCCCAAGCCAACCAGAACAUCAGGGAGAGGAAUAGCACCGUCACAGACAUGAAGCACCUGUUAGAUACUCAGAGGAACAACAACAGGGAAACCAAGAAGAAGAUAACUGUGGCCAAGCAACAGGCUAUAAAGCUGCGACAGGAUUUGAAGGGAGAGGAGAAUGACUGCAGCAGGCUGGAGAAUGAGCUGCAUAGUUGCAAAGGCACGCUGGACAGAGCAAACUCCGAUGUGAAAUCUGUGACGUCCCAAAUAUCCAGAGUGAAGAAGGACAUCCAGGAUAACAACGAAAAACUGGAGAAGGCCCGGGCAUACAAUGUUGCACUGGAAGAGAAGCUGAAGGACGUGAAUCAGACAGCCCUUGGUGAGGAGGAGAGAGCUAACCAAAUGGACCAACUCCUCAAGGAUGAGGAAAAGGAAAUCAAGGAAUUGGAAGUCCAACUGAUUGACUGCCAGAAGGAGGUUUUUUGUCGUAAAGAGUGUUUGCAGGCGCUAAAGACAAAAGAGAAGAAUUCUACAGCACAGGUUUCAAAGAGUAAAGACACUAUCAGCAGACUUGAGAACCAGCUAGGACAGCUGGAGAAGGAUUUAAGAGGAGCGCAGCUCAUCACAAAUAAACAGGACUUCGAGAUCAGUGGCCUGGGUAGAAAACUGGAACGGCUGCAAGGGGACGUUCCUGCAGCUGAGAAACAAAUGCUUGAGCUUAAGAUUGAUCAGCUACAUAAAGAACUCGAGGAGAAGAAGGAGGCGGCCAACUUGCUGACCAAAACACUCAAGGAGGCUGAAGUAGCCAUUCUCAUUUUGAGGAAAGAGAUGGAGAAGUCAAAGACUCAACAGAUAGAUCUGUCCCAGAAGGUAGAGGAGCUUAUUGUUCUCCAAAAAAUCUAUGAAAAGGAUCUAAAGCAACUCCGGCUCAGCAAACAGGAAAACCUGGUGGAGCACAACGUCAUGAAGAUAGAAGUCAAGCGAAUCAGGGAUCUGGUGUACAAAAAGGCGGGCAGCGUGCUGUCUUUGGAGAAGAGGAAGCUGCAGCUGCAGAAAGCCAUGAAGGACAGGGAGCAAGAGGUGAAGGUCUACAAAGACAUGCUCCGCCUUCAGCUCAAGAGGAGUGAGCAAGAGAGACAGAAACUCCGUGCCGAAUUGAAUAAGAAACUGUCCAAGAUCGACACAAUGAAGAAACGCUUUGAGGUUUUGAUGUUUUCCAUGGCCGCUCCUCAGGGGGAAGAGGAGCAAUCACAGGCUUACGCCAUCACAAAGGCUGCACAAGAGAAAGAGGAGCUCAAGCGGAAGGGAGACGGUCUGGAUGCUGAAAUCCGCAAGAUGGAGAAGGAAAAUCGAGCUCUGGAGAACACCGUCGAGUUGUUCAAGAUCAGUAACUCGGCAUUUCGCAAAUCCCUCAACAAAGUAGCUGAAUCCAGUCCGGAAAAACAGAAGCUAGAACAGCAGUUAAGGGCAGGCGAGGAGACACUGAAGUGUAAGAAAAGACAAGUCAAAGAGCUCCAACAGGACUUACAGGACUUGAACAUGAACUUAGACAGUCUGCUGCCGGAGGAGAAAGUGGAGAAGGAUAAAAUAAAGCACAAACAGUCACUCAUCAGUAAAGUGAACAAAGAAAUCGCCUCCCGGCAGGAGAAGAUUGACAGAGCCACCAAGCAGUGCUCUAAGCUCACCAAAGCGAUACGCUCAGGAAAAAACACCAAGACUGAGACUUUUGAGGAGAAAGACAUUAAGCUGAGAGAGUUGAAAGUAUUCAAUAAGAAAAUCAACAACAUGCUGAGUGAGGCCAUGGACGACAAACCGGAUCUCAGAUUAGUGAUGGAGAAAUACUUCAUGCAGGCCAAUCUGCCUCUUCCAUCUGGAGCUUCCACUCCUUCCAGCCAUUGGAGCGCCAUGGCCAGCGCUGCCUCUUUCAGGUCUCCUGCGUCCUCGGCUGGAAGCCGCCGGGCGUCUCCUCCCACCUCCAUCCCGCUGCAGACUGUGGAACUGGGCUUGGAUCUGACUGGGACCCCCCCGCCUGUCGCCAGCUCAAGACGUUCCAGCACCGCAAGCAAGUUGAAGUUGAAGAACCCAUAGUGAUUGUUUUCAAGCUGUAUUUACUGCUGCUUUACAGUUAUUUAUAAUCAGGUUCCAGGAUGUGUUGUGACAUUAUAUAUUUUAAUCUAUUAAAAGGUUUGUUUUGGUAUUAAAUUGCUGUUUAGUUCAUAUUUAUUGUUUAUC